AUGGCGCCCCCCUCAGACACAUCCCGCUGGUCAUUCAAGUCCCGCUUCUCCAUCCAGUCAUUCCUCCCCGCCCGCCACCCUCCCCUCAUCACAGGACCCCCUCGAAUGCCCCCUACUCUACCAGGCCCACGCCACGAGACCAUCGUAUCAGACACCGUCUCCCCCGUCCACAGCGAGUACCCCGACCUCGCGCUCAGCACCCCGCUCCCGCCCACCAAGAAGAGAAGCUACGACGGCAGCCCUCUCCGCUGGGUCCAGGAACAGGAGCAGGUCCUGCAGGAGAGCAGAGAGAGAAAGAGGGCGCCGCCACCGCCCCCUCUUGAUUUGGACAGGACACACCGCAUGUACCCUCCCAACCACGUCGACGUUGUCAUCGACCCCGGUACGCCUCCUCCUCCUCCCAAGGCAAAGAAGGAGCGGGCUAUCAUCGAGGACCCGUUCGAGGUCGCCGAGGUCGAGGCAGGGCACCGAUAUCCCUUCUGGAAGGGAGGCAGAGUCGACAUCCGUCCCGGCCAAGUCAUCCCCCGCGGUAUGAACCCUUCUCUUUCAGACUCUGACAAGUCUUCGCGCAAGAGCAAAGCCCCGCUUUUCACUACGCUCGCCACUCCCGAUAACUAUGACUCUGUCCUUCACAACGUCCUACUUACCCCGACCUACCUCCCAUCCCCUUCGGUCCAGCCCACGCCUACUUCACCCUGGUCCUACAUGGACGAGAAGAAGAACCGCCGUCAGACCUUGCUCGAUACCAUCUCCAACGCCGGUCGACGGGCUUCGCGCUGGGCACCGGGCAAGAGUAUCUUGCGCAACAACCAUGGUCCGUAUGGCGAUGUCGACAGGUCGCUGAAAGCUAUGCGUGAGAGAGAGAUCCGAGAGAUGGACAAGUUCCGGAAAGGCGGGGUGAGGCUUGAUGUCCCCAACUCUGCCUACUCGACUGGGUCGAGCCCGGCUAGGGAGAUGAGCAAUGUUUACUCUCGCAAGAGCCCUGGAUGGCUUGGAUCCAGAGAGGCGGCGAUUGGGUUCUCCGGUGAUGGCAAACAUGCCUCGCGUCACGGCGACAAGUCGUGGAGGGUGAGCAAGAAGGAAGAUGACAAGAAGAAGAGGAACAAGAAGCUGUUGAAGAUUGGCACUAUCAUUGCCGUGCUCAUAUUGGUCGCAUUGAUCAUCGGUCUCUGCACUACCCUCUUACGCAAGAAAUCCUCUUCAUCCACCCCUUCAUCGAGCGACUCUUCCAACUCGACCGCUACAGCCUCAUCCUCUGCGGCCGAAGCUUCAGCGACAUCAUCCCGAACCCUCUCUGCAUGCCUCGACCAAUUCACAAACUCUGCCUCUUCCUCUCCCUCCUCCUAUCCCUGCUCCGACUGCGUCAGCGUCCUCACGUCCACCACCAACGACUUUUCACAGUCCCUCGUAAACGGCAACUCGACCGGCGUAGGAUCGGCGCUGCAGUUCUGCGCAAUGAUGGACAUUUUCAACAAGGUGGAGGAUACGAGCGAUAUGACCAAGUGGGGUGAGGAUGCGAGUCCGUGUGGAUGGGAUGGGGUGAACUGCGACUCAAGAGGGAGGAUUACGACUUUGACGUUAAAGUAUCCAAAGGUCCCGGAUGAGCUUCCGGAUACGCUGGGCAAUGUGUAUGGGCUCAAGGCUUUGCACCUCACGGGCAACUCUUCUAUCCCAACUGGAGAAUUCCCUUCGUCGCUUCUCAAGCUUCCCGACUUUACCACCCUCGACCUCGAGUAUACCGCUCUGACUGGCUCGAUCGACUCGGCGCCUUUCAGCGAUGCUCCAGGUCUGGUCACGCUUGCACUCAUCAGCAAUGCCAACCUCGGGACAAAGAUGCCGGAUCUGUCGAGCAACACCAAACUGGUGACUGCUGUCGUGACUGGACAGAGUCUGACGGACCCGAAUGCAGACAAGCUGCCGUCUUCCUUGACCUACCUUGACCUCUCAUACAACUCUUUGACCGGCCAAAUCCCCUCCUUCUCCCAACUCACAUCUCUCAACACGCUCUACCUCCAAAACAACAAAUACACCUCCGCCCCCAGCUCUCUCCCAUCCUCUCUCCAAUCCAUCUCUUUCACCUCCAAUACCGAUCUGUCUGGCAGUAUGCCUUCAGCAGUGUGUUCGAGCACGACGUUGACGUCGUGUGAUUUAAGGAGUACGAGUUUGACCGCUGGGUCGGGGACGAGCUCGAGCUCAAGCUCGAGUUCGCAGGCUGUGUCUCCUUCUGCGUUAUCGUCGUCGGGAGCGGCCUCCAGCUCGGCAGCUAGCAGUUCAGUCGGCAGUACGUCUGUCGCUGGCUCUACGUCUAGCUCGGCAGUAGCUUCCACCAGCGCAGUGUCCAGUAGUGUGGUUUCGUCAAGAGCUGCGAGCUCGACGGUGGCUUCUGGGUCUUCUUCGGCGGUGGCGAGUAGCUCUUCGGCACUGGUUGCCAGAGCAGAGACAUCUGGUGUAUGUGGGGUGUGUCAGUUCAGCUAG